CCCGCUGCUUCGCUGUCCCAACUGUACGAACGCCACCACCACCACCACCACCACCACCACCACCAGCUCCAUCGAAAACGUGUGUACCUGUAGCGUACUUAAUGCCGUUUGGAGUGAUGUCGGCUUCAGUUGCGGCUUUCGACUCCGACACCGACAACAACGGUGAUACCGAACAGCAGCAGCAGCCACGGGGGAUGCUGCUGCAGGACAAGGGGGAGGAGAGGGUUUCGUUGGACACGCUUCCGGACGAGAUUAUUCUCGCGGUUUGCGAAUUCUUGGAUGUGCCGGAAUUGGGUGCUUUGGGGAAGGUGAUCGCUAUUCCUUUUUUUUUUUUUUUUUUUGUCCUCUCUCCCCUCUUCCCAAAUUUAUUCUACGAGUACUACGAGUGUAUCUUUUCGUUGUGGUGGGUGGGUGGGUGGAUGGAUGCGGGAUGGGGUGCGAUGAAGUAGUUGUGAUACGUAGCUAUGGUAGCUAUGUUUGUAGGCGGGUAGGUAGGUGGAUAGGCGGGGAGCUGAUAGGCAGUUCGCUGGCUAGUUAGACUUUAUUAGUAUCGGAGGCUCGGCAAAGCUCCGUGCUGUACUAUCGUGCGGCAAUUGGACUGGCUCCGGGCGAGGUAGUGGGGGAAAAAAAAAAGGGAGCGAGUGAUCACUUCAUCCGUCUAACAAACUAAUCUCCUCUCACGUCUACUUACCUAUCUAUCUCCCUUGCCCCUACUACUACUAUCACUAACCUCUCUACUCUACUCUACCCUACUCUACACUUGUGAUACAAAAAAGACGCUAACAAUUACUAACCCUAGACGACCCACCGUCUCCGCGCCCUAUCCACAGACCCCCUCCUGCACAAAGUCCGGCUCCACCGCGCUAAAGUGACCCUCGCAGCAUCCCUCCAACACCGCCCCUCCCUCCCGCUCCUCCGCGACGCGCAAAUCUACUUGACCCGCCGCCAGCACACGCAGCGCGUCCUCUCCCGUGCGCUGCUUGGGAUCAGGCUGAAGCACCACUUCCUCACCCGCCCGAGCCUUCCUGCGCUCCAGGAACGCGGCGUGGUGUACCGGUGCGGCGGGAUCGCACCGGCGCUGGCGGGCAAGGCGAGGGAUCUUGAGAGGGAGAGGGUUAAGGAUAGGUUGAGGGGGUGGGUCGUUGAGCGGUUGAGCCUCGAGGAAGCGGUUGGGUGUGGGUUGGUCUCGAACGGGGCCGAGUGGGAGGAAGGGAGGAGGGAAGGGGUCAGGAGCAUUGCUAGGAGACUAAUGGCAAGGUGGGAGAAUGACGGGCAAGGGAAGGGGAAAGGGAAGACCGGUGGUAGUGGGGUGGUGUGCUGGGGAAGAGGUAGGGUGGUCAGGUAUGAUCCGCCCAGAGCAAUGGUUUUGGGGCUUAGGAGAUACUUUGAAGGGUUGGCUGCUGAGGGAGGAAACCGAUCCCCGCGCCAUGCCGUCCCACCUACCUAG